AUGGACGCGGAGACCGGAGAUACCCGGUCUCCCCUGCUGCCGCAUCACCUUCCCAGCCAGACGCAGGUUUCCUCAGCGAAUCAGCACUAUAACAAGCCCUUCAGCUGGAAGGCCCCAGCCAUUAUUUUGGGCUUCGAAUUCUUGGAGAGCAUUGCUUACUCUGGUUUAGCACUCAACUUGGUCGUAUAUCUUGGAACCGUCCUCCAUGGAACCACUGCCUCCAAUGCUGCAACCGUUGAUGCGUGGAAUGGUGCCACUUUUCUUACACCGGUCCUUGGAGCCUUUCUUGCUGAUACAUACUGGGGAAAGUACAAGACCGCAGCUAUUUCUAUAAUAUUCUACGUCGUUAUAUGCCUUGUUAUCGCCGCAGUUGCCUUUUUAGUUGGAACACCGUUUUACAGGGUUCAACUUCCAACUGGGAGCCCACUCAAGAGUAUAGUAAUGGUGUUUGUUGCCUCUUUUAAGAAGAGAAGAGUGGCGCUUCCUGCUGAUUGCACACUGUUGUUUGAAGGGGAUGACACUGAAUCAAGCAGCAUAGUGCCAAACAAAAUAGAACACACUGACGAAUUCAGCAAUAAAAUGACUAUUCUAGAUGUGGACCCUAGAGUCCUAGACCUGAAAGUUUACACCGUACUGCAUAUAGCUUUGAAAUCCCAUGAACAAAAGCAGGGGAACGCGAUGAACACUAAGAUCAGAUCCUUCUCCGUGCCCGCUGCCUCUAUGAACUCUGCCGAGGUGAUCUUCAUGCUUGUCUGGCUUGUGUUCCAGGACAGCAUCGUCAUCCCGGUAGCCAGGAGGUACACCGGGAACCCGAUGGGACUGACGCUGCUUCAGCGGAUGGGCGUCGGGCGGUUGCUGGCAAUCCCAUCUCUGGCAGCAGCAGCACUGGUGGAGACUUGGAGACUGCGCAGCGUGAAGGCCGGGCAUAACCUGAGCAUCAGGUGGCAGCUCCCGCAGUUCAUGAUUCUGGCCUGCUCUGACGUGUUCUGUGGCAUCGCCCAGCUGGAGUUCUUCUAUGCCGAGGCGCCUGCAUCGAUGCGCAGCCUGUGCUCGGCGUUCCAGUUCCUGGCCAUGUCGCUGGCGUACUACGUGAACACGCUGGUGGUCUCAUUGGUGGCGGCCGUGACCACGGCCUGGGGUGGCCAGGGCUGGCUCCCCGCUGACCUCAACGACGGCCACCUGGACUACUACUUCUGGCUGUGGACGGGGAUCAGUGUGGUGAACUAUGUCGUGUACACGGCAUUUGCAAGGCGUUAUACGGUCAAGAAAGUUGUCCUUCAGUAA